ACGGUGCCGACGCGUCAACGAGACCAGAAACCUGCGUCCAUCACGCCAUACGUAACAUAAAAAAAGCGAGCAACUUGUUUUUCAAGCUGUCGCCAUUCGAUGGUACGUGGACCCUUUCCACGUCGUUGACUGUCGGCUACGUCUUGGCUGUCCAGCUACAUACUCGGCGUUCUCCGGCCAGGUGCCCCCAGAGACACAGCGUGUGCGCGUUACAUUACCGUCCUCAACGACGCUGUCGUCGUUGACGACAAAAACUCAACGACUGGUGCUUGUUUAUUCUGGUGCUAAGCAGCAUCCGGUUCAACGGCGCCAUAGAAUAGCAUAAGUCAAAUUUUUUCGAGAGAAGCGAAUAAGUAGUUUGACAUCAGGGUAGUCGUAACGGUCGAUAUGUGCUCGUCAUUAUCGUUAUUGGUGGUCGCUAACGGUAGCCAAGCCUGUAAUAGUGCCGGCGGCACUUCGAAACCUAGUCAGGUGCUAUUUGUCCAGACCAUACUCGUACUUAUCAUUUCGAUGAUUGCUGGUGCUAUCCAGUCGGGUUGUGACACAGACGCCGUCGACAACUGCCUGGCUGGAGUGUUAUUUUCCGCGCAGGAUAACCGAUCUUACUUUUGGAAAGACGUUUCCGAUAUUGAAAACUUGUGCAAACAGGUCCCAAAUGUGCCACAGUGCGUUAAGAAGGCUACCGAAGAUUGUACAUAUGGUGCUAAGAAGUUCCUCGAUUCGUUCCUGAAAGGCUUCGAGGUAAUCUUGCGGUCACAGAUUUGUUCGGAUACUCUUGAGGGUGUACGGAAGAGGAAGCAAUUUGUCAAUAGCUCGAGCUGUUUGAGGGCAAAAUUCGAUAACGGCUGCAUGAAAAGUUACAUAGACGCGCUCGAUAAAAUUGUGACGCUACCUAGCAGCGCAGACAAGAUUCGCAAGGCAUGUUGUUUGCAUCGCUCAUACCGGGUUUGUUUGGCUGACCAUGUAACGCCCAUUUGCGGUGUAGAAGCAGCCUCUAACUAUAUCCAAUUCAAUUCAAUGCUGUCCGCUGCACCGAUUCGGCAAGUGUGUGGAAUUGCCUACGCUGAAGAUACGUGCUCCAACAUUACCCUGGGACAGCACCAGAAUCCGGUGUAUGCAGCAAUGACACCUAACGUUACGAACGCGAAUGGCACCAUACUCAGUCGUUUACUCAAGAUCCUCGUCGAUACGGCACAUACUGAACAACCAACUAUUGAUUUCGACCUCGACGAAGCACUCGAAUACACAACUUGCACGGCUGAGUCAAUCGAUGAAUGUUUCGAAAAUGUUCUUCUAACAACUAAAGUAAACUCAUCUUCGCCGUGGGGUUUCUCUUCAUUAGCUCACAUUAAUGGCUUUUGCGCUCGACUUCAGAGAAUACCUCGAUGUCUUCGUAGUCGUACGUCGAUGUGUCAUACCGUCACUAACGAAUUCUUCAAACUAGUCAAAGAAGAAAUGGAACUAACGGCGAAGUCGAGCUUCUGUCAGAAAGGUUCACGGAGGGAUUUCUUCAUCGAGAGCGGGCGAUGUGUCUUUGAGCAGGUGGAUAACAACUGUACAAUACAAAUGGCUCGCGCUCUUCAGGCUGCAACAAAGGCACCAGUGGGAGAGGCACGCAGAAAGCUUAUAUGCUGUUUGACGUCCAACUACUCUCGCUGCCUUCUGGAUGUCAUUGAGCCUGCAUGUGGAUCCUCUGCAGCUGAGCUCUUCUCAUCGCUAUUGCGAAGAUUAGCACUCCCCGGCCAGAGUCCCUGUGAAUGCGAGCUUGGUGUGGCCGAUACACCAAUUCCAGAAGGGACAGUUAUGCGCAUAUUUGUCAAUCUGUUUGAGGAUGUAUGAUCUUAUUAUAAUAGGUUAUACAUCGGCCAUGAGCCAUACGGAAACGUACUAACAAAAAAACUACUAGACCUGUAUGUGAGCCUGAACUUGCAACAGUGUUAAUCAAGCGCUAAAAAUAAUAGUAGGGUUGAAACUGUCCACAAGGCAAUUGUCCAAGUAACGGUAAAAAGAACAUGCAGUGUCCAUGGAAAUUGUCCUGAAUCCUUCAACUUAUGUCACUGAUUUUAUUUAUUUCGGUUUUUUAGGGGGCCCUCAAGCUGCUUUCUGCCAAAAACCUUUCAGUGCCUCUUUUGUUAUUUCCAAGUAGAUUAUAGUCACUUCAAUGCUAGAUAGAAAGUGUGAUAAAUUCAACCACAUUUUGCUUAGACAUAAGCAUUUCGUUAAGCUUUCUUAUAAUUUAACCAAAAAACAUGUACCUAAUUAAGGCGUUUUGAGAAUUGUGUUAUAUUUUUUGUUGUUUAAAACAACAAAAUUCUGCGGCAUCCGUCAAUAAAAUGCCAAAACUGGCUUUACUAUCAUACAUACACGAUUUAAAUCUGCAUUGGUUUCCCAUUUAGAAUUCUCGCACGAGUAUACCUCGAUCAAACAGAUGUCUCAUGUAUGCAGUAAAACUCUGUAUAUGAGAAAAUGGUUGUACAUAUGUAAGAUGGGAUUAGGUACACUGUGCAGGCCAGUGUAUUUCGACAAUUUUCAGAAACGCUGCAUAACAACGUGAAGUUCUAUAGGUGCGAACGAACCACUUGCAAGUAAUGGGUGCCACAAACUUUUCUGUGCAAGGACUUUUUUUUUAUGUAGAUGAUUUAAAAUUAGAUCAAUUCGCAUUGCAGUACAGUAAGUGAAAAUUAAUAAAUUACACAGAAUAUUAUCUAGACUAGUCAGUAUACACGAUUACUUUUAGUAUGAUAACUUCGAUUUUGGAUUUGAAAAGGUAUCAGCUUUAUUUAAACUGAAGGCAUCGAUAAAGUGAGCAUCCACCCUUUUCGUAUGUUAAUUUCAAUUUUUUUUGAUGCUGUUACUUAAACCACACUUGUGGUAGAAUUUUAAUGUCACUUGAUGGGACAUGCAAAGUGGAGUACUUCUUAAGGCGAAUCAUUCAUAACUACUUUCAAGUUAUUUUCUGUUUAUUUCUAUCCGUGUAAUAGAAAAAGCGUGUUUUUUAAGCAAGUUUCCCAAAAAUUGUUUUUUUUGACCGGUAUGUGUUGUCGUACAUUGUAUAUGUAAGGCCGUGAAAUUGGUAUAACUUUGUGUAAAAUGAUUUAUAGAAUAAAUGUUUUUCGU